AUGGCCUCGGGCCGACUCGUGAAAAACUUGUUUUUCGCUGCGUUAUGCCACUUCAUUCAUGUGCAGGUACGGUCAGACCUUGUGCUAAGUGGUGAAUUCUAGUGUUUUGGUCAGGUGUAUGGCUGUAUCCUAAAUUUUUAUCCUUCUUCGCUCCGCAGAUUAUAAGUCUAACUUUUUUUAUUUUCCGCAGACUAUCAUCGGUUCAGGAUCGUUCGAAAUACAUUUGGUUUCGUUAAAAAACAUUGAAGGUGAGAAAUUGGACGGUGGAUGUUGUGAUGGGAGUCGCACAAUAUAUCGUGGACAAAGUGUGUGCCUGGACGAGUGUGAUACAUUCUUCAAAGCUUGUCUCAAGCAAUACACGUCCUAUGUUUCGUCGGUGUCAGGUCCAUGUACAUUUGGUGAAUCUACAACUGCUGUUCUUGGAGGAAGUUCGAUCACCUUUACGAACACUUCAUCGUCGAAUAAUGGUUUUCGCAACCCGAUUUCUAUUCGCUUCACUUUUUCAUGGCUGGUAAGUAACCAUGGUUUAUGUUCUUAAACUUUUUCUUAAAAAAUCAAAGAUUUGCCAUCGGUCUGUUAGAGCAGGUCCGUUAUUUUUAAAAAUCUUAGAAAAUUCAGCGUAAUAAUUUGGAUUAAAUUUAUGCGGACGUUAACGCAGAUGGGCUAUAUUUUUCAAUAAUAAAAUUUUAAUGUAACCGCAUCUAACAGCCGUUUUUAACCCGAAAAAAAGCAGCUCAGUUAAAAAAGUGGUCAAAAGGAUUUUACGAAAGAUAGAUUUUUAACAGUUGAACCACUGCUCUGAGCGCGAGCUCAAACGCACAUUUUACUCGAAAGUUUGCAUUUCAAGAAAUAAAUUUCUCUCAUUGGCUCUCGGAAGCUAGUGGCAGAAGCACGUUCAUUUUACAGAAUCGACAACCACGUCGAAACUAAAAAUCUCUAUAAACACAGCUGCAGCUAUCUAAACAGGCAGCAUUAAAGCUAAAACCUGACCUGCAGAUAUCUCGUUGGAGUGCAUCGCCUCGUAUAUUUUUCAACGUUGUUUAUCGUAACUUGUAGUAUAGUUUCGGGGGCCACGUGUCUUCCGUUUGACAGCCUUUUGUGCGAAUUAUGUUAAUUAAUAGGAGUUACGAUUUAUUUGCAACACAAUGAUUACACUGACUGGAAAAAGAAAAAUCAAAGAAUUGACCUUGAAGCCGCAUGGCAUAAAAGCGAUUCAUUCAAUACGAAACCGAAGUGUUUCGAAAUUCCCAUGUUGUCACUUUCGCGUAUGUAGAUUUCAGGAAUAAACGAAACCCUAUACCGUUUACAUAGAAAUUUCCCACGUUCAUCGGCUGGGAAGAUAAAUAAUUCUCUUUACGUUUCCCCACAACUAGAGAAAAUAUUACAGUGCAAUUAAACUUUCAAUCGAUAGCAUACUCUAGAGAAAAAGCUCGUUGCCCCGGGAGUUGAUCUUUGCUUAGCUCUGCGUUAUUUGAUCUCUGUUUUCGAGAUCUUCUUGAUCGAUAUUAAAGCACAAGAUCUGAGAUAACCUCCCUUCUUUUGCGGUGGCAAUUUGUUGAUCUUGUUUGGCGCUUGGCUUGUUUUCACCUUUUCGAUUGUUGAAUGUAAAGUGACACAUGUGCCGAAUUAUGUUUUGGAAUAUUUGAAUUCUUGUUUGACCGCACUGAUGAAAACACUUUUGUUUUCAUUCUUUACCUUUAGAGCUUAUAUGCUUCAUAGUUUUUAAAGUUAAAAAUAUCAAAUGAAUUAAAUUAAGAUUAUAUUGCUUGAAAAGAGAAAAUUAUAGACUCCAGCUAAUUAAUAGUUCUACAUUGUUUGGGUCACGUUGCGUUUUUAUUAGUUCCCCCUUUGACUUUAUGGUGCCAGAUUAUGACAUCAAAAUUCACUGAAGGUAAAUUAUUUCUCAAACUUAUCAAAACUUCUUUUUCUUCACUUGUGGUCGAAGUCUCAUAAGUCACAUUCAGUUGAAGUGUCUACAAGCUGGAUUGACCUAUUUAACCACAAAUUACCUUCGUGAAGUGAUCUAGAUCUCCACAAAACUUUGUAAAAAUACCUCUCAUCCUUUAAUUGGUAUUUCCAUGCCCUCUUUUGAAUGAUUUAGUAGUCAUUUACAGUCUAAUUUAUGUCGUGUUUGCUUUCAUAUUUAGUGCAUAAUGUUUUUCCAUCAGAUAUUUUUUUUGCCCAUUUUAUUACUCCUUAAAAUUUGUGACUUUGAAGUUUUUCAACUUUCAAUAUUUUCCUUAUUUUAAAAAAAACCGGUUGUAGAUCUUCUGCCACUUUUAAAGAAAUUAAACAUUUGUUAUCCUGUAAGUUAGGGAAAAGGACCUUUCUUUUACUUCUUAUUUACAAAAACAAGGAAGUUGGGUCAUUAGUAUCGGUAAAAGACUAACAAUAUUUUGUUCUCUUUAAUUGCUUCUUCAGUUGGCUUUCUUUUCUCCUUAAAUUUUAGGACUAAAAAUUUAGUAUUAUGUAGUGGCAAGAAAAAUAUUUUAUUAGCCUUAAAUAUGUCUUCCUUUGAAGAUGAUAAGUGAUUCUUACACAUGAUGUCCCUAUAGAGCUCUGUGGUCAUGUUACUCUCGAGCAAGGGUGCAUAGAAAAUUAAGAAUGAGUUCUAUACAAACCACAAGUGAUGGUAGUGUUAAAUUUAUGAAAAGUCCAUAAAAGUCUCUCUUAUCUCUUAUAAAUAGUUUGUGGAAAUACAAAAAUCAAUCCUUUUGUUUAUUUGCAUAGCUCAAAUUUAUGCAGCUGUCAAAUUCAGUCCGAUCUUGUGCCAAAUAGAUUUUAUAGUGUCUCAGAAACAGAGUGUUGUGCUGCUUAAUAUAUUUGGCAUAGUCUUUGAUAAUUAUUUUGAUGGAAGGCUGUUGUGUUAGAUUGUUGUGCAAACUAUUAUGUUUUCAGUUUUAAAGAAAAAUUGUCAGGUUUUUCUUUAUGACUGCACCAACUAAUCUCAAAUGAUGGAAAGAUGUUGGAAAGUAGCUCCCUUUUGUAAAUAAUUUUAUUACUUUCCAGGGGUAAGAUAAGGUAAUGCAAGCAGUGUUUGAUAUCACAGGUGUUGAGCCAUUCUUUUCAUUAUUAGUAGAUUCAAUUAAGGUAGUCGCCAGAAUAGUACACAAGAUAUUAUUACUUGCACGUAGUUAUUAAAAGGUUUGUCUUAAUACUUCAGUUGAAACCACAAUUACCUUCUUAAUAAACUCACAAUUUCUUUUUUAUAUAAGUUGUGCUAUCUUGUCCAAGAUUUUAUAUAUAUUUUGGAGGGACAUUUCUGUUGGUUUGGCUGAAUUUAAAGUUUCUCAGAGUGUGAAUUAAAAAGGACCUUUUCCAAAGCUGCAGAGAUUUUCAAAAUACUUUUUUAUUUGAAUUUUUAUUAUUAUUAUUUUGAUGUCUGAAAUUUCUAAGCAGAUGAUUUAUAUUGUUAGUGGUGCAUGACAGUGGUUGUUGGUUUGUGAUCCUGAUUUCUGCCAGAUUUAAUAAUGUAUAUGUAUGUGUUGUGUUAGAUGCUUCCCUGUUAUAAAUAUAUAUUAUUUUCUAAGUUUUAAAAAUAAUGUGGAGCUGUGAGGAAUAUUAUUCUCCACUUUCCAAUCGUGUUCUUGCUUCUUCAUUCAUUUCUUUCAAGUUUUCAAUAUGUACUGAAUGUUGUCAAUGGCUUUUGAGUCAGCAGGAGCACUGAAAAUCAUGUUACGUAAAAUUUUUUUGUUUGCCCAAAUAAAGUGAAAGGAUAAAUAGCAGAUUGGUAAACACUAAAUUUUUAAUCAGUAAAUUCAUUGAAAGGAAAUUAGAAUCUAGUAUUCUUUAACAGCAGUAUGCCAGCAAAAUUAUUUUGUAAAAAGAGUUAUUAUCCUUUAUGUAACUUAUCUAGAAUAUUACCUUUAGGAAAGUGAGAACUUGUGUAGCUGUAACUUCCAAGCAGUUUGUAAAAUUUGCCAAAUUUCCUUUUUGUAAUUAAGAAAAGCAAAUAAUAUUCCUCUCAAGUAGGGAUUAGAAAACCAACUUCCUAGUAGUAAACAGUAUUUGUUAUUCUCAUGGUGCAGCUUCAAAUGUUUUUAUUUUAACCAUCUAUUUGAUUAGUUUUUCAAUCUCUAUGGGUAAGGGAGUAAGACUUGUACCGAUUUUUCCUUUAUUUUAUUUAUGUUUUUUUGGCCUGGCAAUAUCAGAGUUAUGCCAUGGCUUUUAAAGAUGCCCAAAUGCCACUUUAAAGCCAAGAUAUCAUUUUCCAAGAAAGCAUUAAUCCUUUGAAUAGGGGCCAAUAUAUUUUGUUCAGCUGUUUCCUUAAAAUUUCAAAAAUUUUUGGUAUGUGAUUUCAGAUCCUAUUCCUUGGCAAAAACAUUUCAAACUGCAUGAAUUAAUCAGAUUUUAUUCUUCCAAAAGUUUGCAGAAAGUUACUUAAUUAAGCACUUUCGUUGCUUUCUUUAAUCUGUUGUUAACUUGUGGGGUAAUUCUUGAUGGCCAGCAUUACAGCUCAACUUUUCUUCAUAUGAAAAACACAUAAUGGGGAAUGUCCUUUGUUAUACUAAAAUUUACUGAAUGCAAGGUACUGUCAUUGUACAUGGCAAAACUUUGGUCAGUCAUGCGAUAUUUUUGUACUAAAAGACUAUCUGCUGUUCUUGAUUUCAGACAACUUACUUCUUAGUUUUAGAAGCUUGGGAUGCAGACAAUUCAAGUAAGUGAUUUUACCCAAAAAAACAUUUUAAAAAUACUGUUAAAUUUGUUGCAUGACCUCAGGGUACUUUUAAAGUUUGACGCCAUCGAUAAUGGAUUUCUGCAUUAUUAUAUUGUUGCUAUUACUGCAGUCAUGCAAAUUUGUAAAAGUGCUCUCAGUAUUUUCACUAACCAUAUUUCUUUGGUGCUAUUCUUUAAAUUUUUAAUAAAGAAUGUUGUGUUAGUACCUGACUUGAAUAUGUUCCUUUUUUGCCAGUUGGCAGAGAUAUAUUUAAUUUUUUUUUUUUCAUUUCUUAAAAAUUCCUGGUUUUAUUCCCGCCAUUUAUGGGAAAAAAAGUAAAUGAAAAUUGUCUGUUAAUUUCUUAUUAACAUCAAGACUAGACAACAGUAUUUCAGCUGAAAUGCUCACUGAAAAAAAGAAAAGAUAUAAUUUAUAAGUGUGCUGGCUGCUAAAGCUGUUAAAUGAAAUCUCCAUAUUUUUUUGUAGAUCCUCGGAUAAAUUUCCCCAACCUUAACUUUUGCUUCAGGAACAUCUGAGUCUUUGGAUAGAAAAUAUUUUAUUUUUUCUUUUAUUUUGAAAAGCUUUUUUGUAUUGAAAAGUAUUUAAGCUCAAUUUCAUGCAGUUUUUUUUAUCAUAAUUGGCCAACUAGUUUACCUCCAAUCUGUUGAAAUUUUAUCCUGUUAUAUUAAAUUGAAAAAUAUAUGUUUUGUGAUCACUGAAAGCUUCUAUAUUGAUUUAAAGGGGCUAUGUUACAAAGAUAUUGCUGUUUUUGGUCAAUUUUGUGCUGAAGCAAUAACUUAAACCUUCACCCAUACACAAAAUGCUCCUGUAAAGUUGUGAAGAAGAUGUUGUACCAGAAUUUCAUCAUGGAGCUCUAAACACAAUUUUUUCGGCAAUUUGUGCUGGCAAGGCAUUAAAAUUUCAAAAGGUUGACCCAACUUUUUUAUGGUUAAAUCCACGUCCAUCCAAAGCAACAGAUGAUGACAGGAAACAGGUUUAAUUCCUGAAUACAUUUCUAGUCUUAAUCAACAAAAAUAGCUCAUAAAAUUUAUUAAGAAGACACAUUGUAGCUUUUCAAAAAGAUGACAAAUAGCGUGAAAUAGCCCCUUUAAACUCUUCUUGGGUAUAAGGGGUUUAUGAAUCUAGAUUAUACCAACUUCUUUUCGUUUUCAACAAGGUAAUGGUGAACUAAUAGACAGAGCUACUCAACGUGGUACAUUAUUUCCAAAUAAGACAUGGGAAUUGCACACGUACAAUGGUCCUGCUGCCACCAUCAGCUACAAGAUACGAGUGAUCUGUGAUACUAACUAUUAUGGAAGUCGGUGCAACAUACUUUGUCAACCCCGAAAUGACAGUUUUGGUCAUUACACCUGUGAUGAGAAUGGGAGGAAAGUAUGUAUGCCAGGUUGGAGAGGAAAUCGCUGUGAUAUAGGUUUGUGGAACUUUUGAAACUGUUUUGAUUUACUUACUACUGUCAAUAGGUUAUUUCCAAGUUGCAAAACAAUGUACAGAUAUGUCUGUCACUUUUUUGUAUCCAUAUUAAGGAUAUUUGAUUGCUAAGCUAAGGCUGAAAUUUCCCGUUGGACUGCCUGAUUUAAGCUCAACUUAAAGAGUAACUCCUUCUCUUACAGCCAUCUGUAAAACUGGUUGCGACCCAGUCCAUGGAUCUUGUAAUGUCCCUGGAGAAUGCUUGUAAGUCAAAAUGUUUACUGUACAUAACAAUUAGCAUUGCCACUCUAUGAAACACCAUAAUGUGCUGUCGAUUUGUCAGAUUGCCUCUAUUACAUGUAGUUUUUCCACCUACCAUUAUUUAGUUAACUGUGAUUUAACCAUUGUUUGUUUUUAGGUGCAAUCCAGGAUGGGGUGGGGAACUAUGUGACCAGUGCCGUGUAUAUCCUGGGUGUGUUCAUGGGACGUGUAGUCAACCGUGGCAGUGCAAUUGUGAUUCUCAGUGGGGAGGUCCCCUGUGUGAUGCAGGUAGCAUAUCUACAUUGUUCGGAAUCCUUAAAAAAUAAAACUUAAGCUCAUUUGAACAAUUUCAAAUCAAAGACAGAUUUCAACAGCAGGUCACUUUACACUGUUCGUGUAGAGGUGUAUGUCCAUGUCAACAGUACUCUAUGCUCUUAGUGAAUGCGCAUAACACAUACUUGUGAAUGCUGAAGCCAUCCUCUAACAUUACAUUACGUUGCUUUUUUAAAUGCCAUGCAGACAUAUGUUGUACAAGUGUGGUAGUCUAUUCUACUGAUAUGUGUGCAGUUGUGUUGAGCAUGUUUAUGCUUCUCCAUCAACAGAUCUCAACUCGUGCAGAUCUUUACCUUGCCAAAAUGGAGGUAUAUGUUACAACGUAGCAGCGGGGCGGUACAAGUGCAACUGCCAAGAUGGAUUCACUGGUGUUAACUGUGAAACUGGUUAGUGCUUUAUAGUGUGAUAUCACUGUCAAGGUUUUCUAUAUAAUACCCUACUGCCAUGACUGUUUACCGGUAGAUGCUGACGUUAUGGUAUUUUUAUUACUCAACAAAUGGCUAUUUUUCUUGCAGCAAUUGAUUUUUGUGCUUCAUCACCCUGCAAGAACAAUGGAACGUGCCACAAUGAUACUAAUAACUUCCGAUGCACUUGUCCGCUUGGCUGGGCUGGGCCCACUUGUGAAAUAAGUAAGUACCUGCACCUAUUGUGUAGUCGUGGUGACCGUUGGGGCGCCACAGACAAAGCAACCCUUUCCCUCCAUUUGAUUUUAUUUUCAGCUUCUCUUGAAGCGUUGCAAAACCUCAACCCUGUCCACUCAGAGAUAUUAUUCUCCCAACGUUUCUCUUGUUGGCCCCUUCUUCUUUGCACUGUUCCUUGUAGUAAAAGGUAGCAAAAUUGUGUAGCCUUCAUAACUGGUGCUUCAUGAGCCAAGCGAGGCAAACACGGCAUUUUUCACUAACCACGGGGCAAGGCAAGGAGAAAAAAUAUCCUACCCACACCUAGCGAUUUGCACAACAGGCCAUGUUGGCUUCCCUUGGCUCAUAAAGCGCCUCUUAUUCAGGGUAAAAAUUGGAGGGGCAUUUUCUGUGAAAUCUUAUUGUAGAUUAACAACCAUGGUGAGUUAUUUAUCUCAUGUUGCUCACCUUUGUAGACAGAGAUUGUACAAGUCAACCUUGUCAGAAUGGUGGAGUCUGUCGUAACAGUGGUCAAGGCAAUCAAUGUGUAUGUCCCCCAGGAUGGACAGGCCACAUGUGUGAGCAUGGUCAGUACCCUUUUCUCACUAAACUGUGAAAAUAAUAUCUUUGAUCAGUUAUCAAGCUACUUCUGAUCUUAUAAAUGCUAGUUUUCCUUAAAGAAUAGAUCAGUCCUUAUUUUUUUUUAAGGAACAAAGCUCUAUGUUGUAGUAUCUCCUGAUCUGGAUUUUAAUUUACAUGUAAAAUCUUAUUUGUGUUGAAGAUGUUGAUGAAUGCGCUUCAAGUCCAUGUUCUAAUGAUGGCAAGUGCAUUGACCUGAUCAAUGACUUUGCUUGUGAAUGCAAAGCAGGCUGGAAGGGAAGAUUUUGUAAUGAAAGUAAGUGCAAUACAAUACUGAGCUUGUAAGUCACCUCCUGAUGAUGAAUGAUAAGACUCAGAUUUCUUUGAUGUGUUUUUGUGGAACAACAGUCUAUUUACUCUUUGUUACAGUCAAACAUCUUGAAAACAGACAGACAAACUGACCCAAAUGUCUGAAUUGUAAAGGUGCUUGCAUCGUACUCCCCCUGUAGAGAUAUAAAGAGUUUUUCCAGUGUGAUAACUUAGUGGCCAGAAGAACUGACCCCUAUAAAGAUGUGGUCAAAUUAUGGGAGUGUCCAUAAUUGUGCUCGUUGUAUUUUGUCAUACAAAAUAAGCGGUUUUCUUAACUGUUCUUUUUAUGCACAUUUUUCAGGUAUAAAUGACUGUGCUGGACAGUGCAGAAAUGGAGGAACAUGCACAGACUUGGCGAAUGACUACCAGUGCAGCUGUCCCAGUGGCUUCACGGGCAAGGAUUGUGAGACCAACAUUGACGAUUGUCAGAGUAAUCCCUGUGUAAAUGGUGGAGUUUGUGUAGAUGGGAUUCAAACCUACACUUGUAUUUGUAAAACUGGAUUUACAGGAAGUGAAUGUCAAGUUGCUGUCAAUGAAUGCCAACCCUCGCCGUGUGUUCAUGGAACUUGCUCCGAUCUACUGAAUGACUACAAAUGUACAUGCAGUUCAGGAUAUACUGGGAGAAAUUGUUCGGUUUUGGCAACUGCUAAUACUUGUAACCCUUAUCCUUGCCAGCAUGGAGCUGCAUGCAUUAAACAUGCCGAUGGGUCAGAGACUUGUGUCUGCCCUGCUGGCUACACUGGUGCAUUCUGUGAGACCGACAUCAAUGAAUGUCUGAAUGCAACAUGUCAUAAUGGUGGAACCUGUGUCGAUGCCAUCAGUGGAUUCAAGUGUGUGUGCCCAUCAGGUUAUACAGGAUCUACUUGUCAGAUUAAUGCCAAUGCUUGCUUGAGUUCUCCUUGUCACAGCUUGGCAACAUGCGUGGAUAAAACUGGUGGCUAUGAAUGUGUGUGUGCUGCAGGAUAUACCGGGGUAAAUUGUGAUCACGGAAUAAAUGAUUGUGGUCCCUUGAAUCCCUGUAGGAAUGGAGGGACAUGUUUGGAUAGACUUAAUGGAUACCAGUGUCAGUGCAGGUAAGAGGGCAUAAAGUUUAAACUUUAGAAAUUGACAAGCAAAGCAAAAACAACAGAAAAAUUAUCCAAACAGUUUAAAGAUAUGGUUGUUUUCAAUUAGUUUCUUGUGGCUAAGAUCUUUAAACAGUUGUUUGAAGGUUUUACUGUGCAGGGUACAAUUUAAGUUUGAGAUAAGAAAUAAUCCUUUAAUUCAUAUAUUGAAGCGUCGGAAAAUAAUCAAUCCUCAAAAAUUUUAUUUUGUGUGUUUUUUCAGGCCAGAGUUUACUGGAGCUGACUGUGAUGUUCCCAUCAGUGUGUGCACAAGUAAUUCUUGUUUCAACAAUGGAACUUGUAUUCAGGGUGUUGGUGCAUUCACCUGUAGCUGCCCUCCUGGCUUUACUGGACAGAAAUGUGAAGCAAAGAUUGAUGCAUGCGACUCAAACCCUUGCCAUAAUGGAGCAACAUGUCACAGCUUAGACUUUGCCGGUUAUACAUGCUCUUGUUCUGCUGGAUUCACUGGUCAAGACUGCGCCACAAGGAUUAACUACUGUGAUAACUUUGCCUGUGAUAAUGGUGGUACAUGUUCUAAUGGCUUACUCAGUGCAUCCUGUAUUUGUAUGCCAGGAUUCAGUGGGGUACACUGUGAGGUCAAUAUUGAUGAGUGUCUGUCUGGUCCUUGUCUUAAUGGUGGUCGGUGCGUAGACAAGAAUAAUAGCUUCCAUUGUGUGUGUCCCACAGCGACAAGAGGAAGACUUUGCGAAGAAGGUAAAACAAAUUUGCUGUAAAAAAAAUAUUAGCAGGAUCUGUCCAGUCAUUCUAGUUCUGAUGAACGCUUCCUGCUAGAGUUAUCCUUAAGAAUCAUAAGGAAAAAUUAAUUUAACUUUAAAGUAGGUUGGUAGGAAUAUCUAACAAACGAUAAAGUGAACAACUAAGCACUGUAUCACGAGCAUUAUUUUUAUUAUUUACACAGUGAUCAAUCCUUGUUUGGAACCCGCAACAGUCAAUGGAACUUCUAUUUUGCGAGAUUCCGGAAUUUGUGGCGCACACGGAACAUGUGAAUUACUCUCUCCAGGAAACUACAGCUGUAAAUGCGCCAAAGAUUACAAAGGGAACCACUGCCAUGAAAGUAAGUGAUGAAAUCUCUCCAUGUUAGUCUUCCCAGUAUGAUAUGAUGUUCAGCCUGCCGACUGCAGUGACUAUGAUGGUUAUGUGUUGUGAAGUUCAUUGCUUGUGUCCUAACUUUUGCAUUUUUUGUGUUAAGAAAUCGAUAACUGUCGUAACCACAGCUGUAAGAAUGGAGCAAGUUGUCUGGAUGGUAUUGAGUCGUACACUUGCGUUUGCGCUGAUGGCUGGGAAGGGCCUAAUUGCACACAAAGUAAGUAUAUAUCCUGAAUAUUUCUUCUGAGAGUGAGUAAGCACAGCUAUUGAAAAUUUCUGAGCUACCGUAAAAUUCCCAAAAUAAGUCCCUCCAUGUAUAAGUCCCUCCAAAUAUAAGCCCCCCAAACCGGUAACGCAAGAAACCCUCCGUUAAAUCGCCCCUCCAGAUAUAAGCCCCCGGGGGGUUGUACUUGGAAUAUUACCCUCAAAUACAAAGUAAAACAAAGCAAAAACAAUAAAUUUACCUUCAACUAUAAGGCCAGCCCAAUCGAUUUUGAAACGCAAAUUUCUCUCCGUAGAUAAGCCCCUCCGAAAAUAGGCCCCUUAAAAAGGGCCUUUGAAAAAUAUAUUCCCCCCCACCCCCCGCCUCCGGGCUUGUUUUCGGAAUUUUACGGUAUUUUUUCUCCAGUGUAAGGGAUUUUAAAGCCUUGAAUCCUGUAAGGUUUUCAGUCUUAUAAUUUCGAUCAUGCUUUUUCUUAGUCUUCACGCUGUUCUAGUACAACGAAGAGUAAAGAAAGCACCAUUUUGCCCUCUAGAGCCAAGUUAUGGAGCUGAAUAAAAUCCUUCUUUGCUUCCCUCUCAUGAAAACCAGCCUGAAACCGCACAAAAUGUUGCCCUUUCUUUUUCUGUGGUUUGUAGAAACAUUUGUUUUCCAUAAUUACUUAUUUUCUUUUUUUUUUUUCAGACAUCAACGAGUGUAGCUCCAAUCCAUGUAGAAAUGGAGGCAACUGUACAGACUUGGUAAACGGAUUCCUCUGUAAGUGCCCAGGCAAUUGGAAAGGAAAAUUUUGCCGAUCAAGUGAGUUUCACUUUUUUUAUUAUGUUUGGAAAUGAAUGGCCUGUGGUAAUUAAAUAUCUAGAGAGGGAAAUUCAGGGACAUGGUCGGGCGACUAUAAAAGUCGCAAGAAAAGAAAAACUGUUUAUUAACGUCCAUUGUGCGCUAAUUUAAUUUAUGACGCUUGUCUCAACAGAAACAUCGCACUGCAGUGGCAGCCCCUGUUCGAAUGGAGGUCUCUGUAGAGAAACUGGGGACAGUUUUCAGUGUGAAUGUCAGAACGGAUUUACAGGAGAUACAUGCCAAAUAGGUUAGUCGCAAUCCCACACGACAUGAGCUGUUAUUUUCUUUUUAGUUUAAUUGAUGUUGAUGUUUUUCUUUCGACGUAGUUGAUUGUCGUUAUUAUUUUAUUGUAAUAUUUUCAUAACUGGUGGUGUUUUGCGCCUUUUUGCUAUUUGUGCCUCGUUUUAUUGAUUGAGAAGUAGAGCCACCCGUGGAAAACGCAUUCAUUAUACAGUUCUUGAUCAGUUAGAAUACUAGUGAGCUCGUACCUGCCCAUUUUUUUCAUUCAAGAAAUCUUUUGUGUUGCUAAUGAACACCUGUUAAUGCUUUCAUUACUUUGUGGCUCCAUUGUUAUCGCAUCGUAAAUCAAACGCGACAACAUGUGUGCGCCUUCAAUAGCUUGCCGUCCAUGCAUCGUGUGUGCCUUUGUAAAAUCCGCUAUGGCGUCUCGAUUGAAUUCCUUUAUUUCCAAUUUCGCGCGCGCAUUUGGUACAAAAAAGAACGCUUUGCUGGAAACGUGCCGCGUUCGAGUUUUCGAUCUCGUUAUCUUUAAAACAACGGAAAAACGCUAAGCGUUUGUAAUUGAAUUUGCCGUAAUUAAUAAUAGCUGGUUCCGUCCUUACCGUGUCACUUUCUUGCCUAGUCUCGCAGUUUCAUUAGGCUUGCCGUUUUUAUUUUUUCCUGUGAAAAAUUAUUUCCUGUGUUUGACGCAAGUGGAAAUGUGUCUUACUCUAUUUCCUUUCACUUUUCGUAAUUGAGUUUAGGCUAGUCUUUGCCGUUAAAAUUGCACCUUAGAUGGUUAUCUUAGCAUUGUAUCUUAGGAAGGCUUUUCCUUUAAGAAAUUAGGAAAACUUUUUCUUCAGUUAUCUGAUCUCGAAGGCAUGUCAAUAACGCUCAAUUCGUCUGAGAUAUCAAUGCAUCUACAUUUACCGCUAAUUUGCUCAUUAACAGAGGAAACUUUUAAACGGAAAGGUGGAGGUUUUUUCCACCUUGUUUGUCUUUGUGGUUGGGCGAAUUAAGAGGUUUUGGGCUUUUCUAAUUAGCCCGGCGCGGAGUGAUUUACUUCACGUUUAUGUGAUUCUAUCUACAGCGCAUGUCUAAUAAACUGUUUUAUUUUGUAGCACCCAAGCCUUGCUCGUCCAACCCAUGUCAAAACGAAGGAACGUGUCUGAAUUCACCUGAUGGCGUUGGUUUCUCAUGCGUGUGUUCAGACGCCUGGGAAGGAAGUCUCUGCGAAAAGAGUAAGUCGCUAAUUAAUUUCAUUGCCCUAUUUUCGAUUAACAAAUUGAUUAACACGGAAUUUAAUUUAGUAGUGGAUCUUGGUCGGGUUAAUCAUAUAGCAAGUUUUCCCGUUUGCAUAAAAGACUCACGCUCUUGGGUACCCUAUUCUUUCUUCUCUUUUAGUAAAACUCUUUGACUUCCAGAUUUCAUUUUGGUUACGUAAAGUUUACCGCUUCGAGUGCGCGUUAAAAGUCUUAUUGUAUGGCCAUUCAAACCAAAUCUCGUCAUGUCUACUUAAACAUGGCCCUAUUGGUUUUUUAGUGCUAUGUAAAGCUUAGUUGGGUUUUUUAAAAUUGGGCCAUUGUUGGAAGUGAAAAGAUUAAGGUAUGGUUUACUAAAGCGUGUUCCAAUGUAUAUGGUUUGAAAGCGAAACCAUUAACGUAUGAUACACGGAAAUUAUAUCAGGAGCCUUUUAAUACGAUGUGUUCCAAUGCUUAUGUGACGGUAAUUUUCAUUUCAGGUAAGGACGACUGUGCAUCCAACCCUUGUCAUAAUGGAGGUACGUGCAUAGACGGAGACGGCUGGUUUCUUUGCUCUUGUGCACGCGGCUUCACAGGACCAGUUUGUAAAAUCAACAUCAACGACUGCAACUCGUCCCCGUGCAGUGAUGGCGCUACCUGUAAAGACAAAAUCGAUGGCUUUGAAUGCAUUUGUCCUGCGGGAAAGUUUGGAGCAAUAUGUGAAAGUAAGUGUUCGGUUUGUUCUUUUGUGAGGCCUCUCUCUGAGUCACUUUACGGACGUUAUGCCAUCUACCACUUUAGAAUCGAGAAGAAAACAGGAUCGAGCUAACAAAGACUUCUGGGACUGUUAUGACUUGUGCCCCCAAAGGCGAUCCCAGAAACCACUGCGGGACACAUUUUGGCACCAAUUCCAUUUCUCGUUUCUUAAGUAGCAAAUGUGAUUUUGUUUGUAUGUUUUUGUGUAUUGCUUUACUGAAGCAUGCCAUUCUAAAGCUUUAACAUGAAAAAACCUUUGUUGUAGAUGAUGAGAAUGACACGAGAAACUGCAAACUCAAGGACGGUACGAUUCAGCUUCAUAACUCUACAGUACAAGAGGACUGCAAUAGCUGCCUGUGCUUCGAUGGCGAGCGUCAUUGCACUGGAAUUGAUUGUGGUGCGAGCAAUUGUUUGGACAUCAGUGAUGCUGGGAAAUGCCCUCCAGGAGGAAAGUGCGUACCAAAGGAAAAAGUAGGAUGCCUAAACCCCCCUUGUAAACAGUGGGCAGAGUGCAGUGGAGGCGGAACUACCUCUAAACAAAGCGGCUCCGAAAUCAGUGGAGAGGUUUGCCUUCCAAACAGUACUGAGUUGAAUGCAGACUGUGCUAAGAUCCAUAUCGUGUUCAAGAUGAAAAAACUUCCAAAGGUAACUAGAUUAAGUUUCAUCAGAUUUGGGCGCGUUAGUUUAUCGACCAGAAGUGUUAUUUUGUCGAGUCAUCAACGCAAAGGAUUAAUUGUUUUUGUUUUUGCCAUCUUAGGGAACUCUUGUGGAGGAACUGUGCCACCAGUUACGAUACCUACCGUUGUUGAAGAAGUGGGCGACGACAGGAAACAUUCGGUUACUGUGUGAAGGAAAGGACAAAGAUGAUUCCACUUCCACGGUCGUCGUGUCGGUGGUAGGUUUUCUUGUAAAUAGCUUUUCAUCUGUCUGCCUAGGCAUUAAUCCUGUUUUUCGUUCGGAUUGGUCCUGUUGUUGGCGGCCUGCCCGCGCACCCUUCAAUUUAGAGUUCUUGUUCAUAAGAUAGCGUGGACCCAUUCUCGUCCUCAGAGCCACUCGGCAUUAUCCCCCGCGUGGGGAGUACCGCAGGCGCAUCGAAACACCCACGGCUGGAGACUGAGCCUAGUUGCGACCGCGACUAAAACAAACGACGGGCCCUGGAAAAGAGAAUAAGUAGAUUUAGUGUGACGUUUUCGUCAAACGGCAUACGUGAAUUUGUACCACGUGACCAAGUUUUCCCCUGAAUUGUCGCUUACUGUUAAUUACUUCUGAACAGUAAUAAGUAGUUUCGCACUAGUUUUAUCCAUAGGAAUUGCUCUUUUAUCUGCUUAUUUUCUAUUCUGAGAAAUUCUCAACUACAAUCUGACUUUUGCCGUUUGCCGUAAACGUCACUCUAAAUCUCUCUACGUAUGUAAGUUCGUAAAAUUGACGCGCGUAAAUUAAAUAGAGGCGAUGUACGAAACCCAGCACGUGAAAGUAGAAGUUGAGCGAGGUUUGACUUUUACGCUAACGGGUCACCUUCCAUAAAUUGCCUCUAUUUUAUUUACGCGACAGUGGAAAUCCACCUUAAUGUCGGGGGGCCUGAAAGCCGUGAAAAGAGACGCGACGGUCUUCUGCAAAGUGCAAGUCAUUGGAAACGUCUCUUGCGAGUUUUAACCGAUUUGUUUCUCUCUUUUCCUCCUCUUUAGGCCAGUACGCGACGCACAGAAGUGGCCCAAAAAGCGGCAGUGGACAUAGCAAGAUUCAUCCGAGCAGUACCUUCCAACAAACAAGAGGAAAUCAACAUUACUCUUUACAACGUACUCAUUGCCGUUGAAGAGGUGACGGUGGAGCGAUCAGUGACUCUGUCUUUUCAUGAGGAACAAGGUGUGUUGAGCAUGUCCGCAUGACAGUUUAGAGGUUACGUAAGGUAGAGUGGCGAUAAACCCAUCAUUUAGCCAGCCUAGCAGAAAGAUAGGCACGCGUGGGGGGAGGGGGGGACACGCAAUGCCGCCUAAGGACGGGAAGCGUUGCGAGACUCCGGCUCGAGCGGCUGCGAAGGAAGGAGACUGGGUAGUUCAGAAAAUGAAUUCUGGUUGUGAGGUUAGGUGUUACUUUUGGGAAAGCUAACACAGACACAUAGUUAUAAGCUCCCUAAGUAAUUUAUUGAACAUCAAAGUGUAGAGUGUAGAUAGAGAGCUUUAGAUUUGAUGACGAGAGUGAGUACGAGUACGAGAGUAACUUAAUUUUUUUACGCGUGUUCUCCAAAAAAAGAAACCCCGGAAAGCUUCAUUUCACGUUUUUCACCAAAAAACGUUAGUACCGUUUCUUAUACUGAAGGAGGUUAAGCCCUCUCCUGAUAGCAAAAUGAUAAAACUUCUUCCAUUUGACAACCUGUUCCCGCCACUACGACAUUCUCGCUAAAACUCAUAGUAGAAUGACGACGACUAUCACGUUUUCCCACCGAAAUGACGCUGGUUCACGCGCGAGCAAUACUAAGUAUUGAGAAAAUCUCUUUAAUACUCGUAGUCGUCCUCGUCUCAGAAUCUAAAGCUCUAUUAUGGCAAUAUCAUGGCUGUUACAGUACACAAUGAGCUAACUUUACGCGCAACAGGAAUUUUAAGUUGUUUUUGGUUCUUUCAACAGCUGCUCCAGACUAUCUCAUACCAUUAAUUGCAUCGCUUGUUGUGUUGGCGGCCAUUCUUCUUUUAAUACUUUGCAUCAGAGGAAAAUGGAGAGAAAGAAGACGCGCAAACCGAGAAACUCGCCUAGCUACAAGAACAACUUUGAAAAAGAAAAGGAACACAACGCAAGAAAAGCCACUGACCACUGCAAGAACUUAUUAUAAUCAGACUUCAACGGAUUCGACAGCGUCGUCUUCAACGACGGCGUCAACGCGUUCAACAGAGCUAAGAAACUUUGAGUACAACCGAGCAAGUUUGCUCGACUCAACACCCUCGGUGUGUUCCACGCCGCAAGUUCUUUCCCCACCCCUCUCCCCAAAGGAGGAGGGUGCUAAAGACGAAUGGCGAAGAUUUCGGGUACAGCGAAACAGCACACAGAUAGAAAUAAUUGUAUAGAAUAGUUAUCCGUGAUCAAUUAUUAUAGCCUUCGGUAAUUCAUAGAGAAAUGAAUGAAAUAUUCGCUAUUGUUAAUUUAUUAAUACCACAAAAGUGUAGCUUUUUAAAGCAAUUUUCUAUUACUCGAAUAGUUAGAAUAUGGCGGCUGAAAUAAUUUAUUUAUAGAGAGAGAAAAAUGUUUUAAAGCAUCGAGAUACCGUGGUGCUGGUUUUGUUCAGAGGCCAAGUUGUAAAUAAUUUCACAAAGGUAUUUAAAUGGUUUUUAAAGCUGUAUAUAUGUAAGUAAACUAUUUAAUUUAAUAUUUAAAUGGCCCUGUAGUUCAACUUGAACAAAGGUGAGUCUCGACACAUUCUCGUGUGACUAAGAAAAAAAAACUUUUACGUUUCAACGUUUAAUGUUGGUUCAAGUUUACUUUAAGUAAUAGUCAAAACUAAGUUUUGAAAAAUGCAUUUUGUAGUCAAAUAGUUUUGUAAAAAUAACUUAAAAUAGACUCUAGAUUCUCAGUCUUGUACCACUACGAUCACAUUUAUGGUCAGCUGGCGAGAUGAAAAUGUUGAAUUAUUUUAUAUAGAACGAGGCAGGCUGCAGGCCACAUCGACUCAAGUUUUCUAAGUAAAUGUAAAUUUCGUAAAGGUUUGACAUAGAACCUCUAGAAUAUUUUUGUAAGUUUCUGUGUUAGGAUCGUCAUGGUCCUCGUUCUAAAAUCGCCGAGUUUGUAAGCCAACAUUUUGAUUUUGUUUAUUUUAUGAUUUAUACGAAUGCUUUAAUAUUGGUCUGCUACGCCUCGUACGUCUUUAGAAUAACCCUUGAAGGCCCAAACACACAUUUAUCAAAAUGAAAAAAAAUUAACACUGCGAUCAUUUUCCUUUCUCUUUAUAGAAACACUGUAACAAAAUAUUUUACCAGAAGGAGAUUCGCAAUCUAAAUUUUGGGGCUUUAGGGGUUCGUAGUUACUGCUUAUCUUCUUAUGGAUAUAAACCAAGCUGUAGAACAUGCAUUUUACUUCAUACUUUCCAGCGUUACCCAAAAACUGUUCAAUAUAUUUACGGAAAAAUAUAGCGUUUGAAUGUUCAAAACGUUUACAAGUCAUUAUUCGAGCAAACGCUUGAUUUUGCGAAAACUACAAAGCUAUAAGCGCAGUUAUUUCGUUCGAUUCUGUUGUGGAAUUAUAUCCAAAAAACCUGUACCAAGUAUUAACCGUUUGCAAGCCUUUCGAUUCUGGCUGCCACUAGCAAAGCUUGCUGUAAUGCAAAAUUUAAACAAUUCUUAAACUUUUAUUGUACAAGAACUGAUUUUUGUCAGGAUCUGAAGUAAUUAUUGUGAGACGCCGCCAUUACUUGAUAUUCGCUCGUUGUAAGCGAGAGGUUAAUUUAUCAGGCCUGGCAGAGUUGUUAAGUUCCUGUUCAUGGCUUAAAAUAAACGCACUUACGACCAUC